AUGGAGACGGUAGAAAGAGGCACUCAAGGCCACUCCGAGCGCAACCCCGAUCCAAAGGUCGAAAAGGUCGACUUCAAAGAGAAUGACCCGGAAGAUCCUUUCAAUUGGCCAACAUGGCGGAAGUGGAUGAUCGUGAGUUUGGUAACAGUUGCCAGCUUCCUAGGGAAUUUCGGAACCAUCACCAUCGUUCCUGCUGUACCAAAUAUUCUAAACCAUUUCCAUACGAGUGGAAAGUUUGAUUUGACGUUCCUGGUUUCCAUCUGGGAAUUUGGUGAAGCAGUUGGACAAAUCUUUAUCGGGCUCGCGACAGAGCGCUUCGGUCGAAUGCCUGUGUUCCUGGCGGGUAACGUGCUGUUCUUGAUUUGUUCCGUGGCAUCGGCGUUGUCGGUCAACGUGCAAAUGUUGACGGCUUUUCGCUUCCUGAAUGGGUGUGUGAAUACCACCCUCACGCUAGGACCAACUAUCAUCGACGACAUGUUCGUUAUCGAGCAACGGGGACGUGCCAUGGCAAUAUCGAUUGCGAUACCUCUAUUAGGGCCAUUCGUUGCGCCUGUCGUUGGAUCAUAUACCAACGCAAAGCUCGGGUGGCGUUGGACAGUCUGGAUCGUAGUCAUCUCAGUCGCUGUCGUCACUGCGCUUUCGUUUGCAUUCUUCAAAGAAACAUACAGGGUCAUGAUCCUCGAGCGCAAAGCUGCUAUAUCGCGGGGAGAUUCGAAUACCAUACAUUGUAGGCCCAAGGAAAAUCUCUUCCUGGUUGCCGUGUACUCAGGCUUCACAUACGGUAUAUCCUAUCUCGUCCUCACAACCCUGACCGACGUUAUGCAAAGCGUCUACUCUUUCUCCGAAAGCAGUGUUGGAAACGCAUUUCUUGCAAGGGCAAUCGGCAAUGUCAUUGGCAUGGCUUUGUAUGGCCUGACCUCUGAUCGCUACUUGCAACACAAGAAACGCAAACAUGGUAGCCUUAAGCCCUGCCACCGACUUAUUCAGAUGCUGCUUGGAUCUGUUGUACUCCCGAUAAGACUCUUGCUAUAUGGUUGGACAGCCCAGAAGCAUGUCCACUGGAUUGUUCCAUUGCUGGGCACGGGUUUCAUUGGCUUCAGCAUGAUAUUGAGUAUAUUACCGACCAAUAACUAUCUGCUGGACACCUAUGAAGUACACGGAGCCUCGGCUGUCGCAGGCGCAGCGAUGAUGAUGGCCUUAUUUGCCACUUUUCUACCGUUAAUUGGCCCACAGCUAUACCACGGCGCUUUAGGAAUUGGAUGGGGAAACUCAUUGCUUGCUAUAUUGUCUAUGUGCUUUGUCCCUUUGCUGUUAUGGUUGUCAGAGACUUGGCCAAGCUUGGGGCGCCAAAAAGAGACCAUCGUCGCGUGA